AUUGUUCUAACUGUAAGUGUAACUGAGCUUGUCUCCUUCCCCGUAAGAACCGGACCGGACCACACACCAUUUUAGGACCACCUCCAAAACCUCUAUGAAUCAACAUUCUCAUUAAAAUGAGAGCUCCGGCGCGCCGCCGCCGCCUCGCCGAUGGCCUUGUCAUCUCCGUCGUUGUAUUAGCGGUGUUCCUCUCGCCGGAAUCCGCCGCCGCGGAGGAGAGAAAACGAAGAGUUCUACAUCAGCCAUUGUUUCCGGUAACUUCGACGACUCCGCCGCCGCCGCCGGAUUUCGAAAUCUACUCGGCGCCUCCGCCGGAUUUUUCCGAUAUUCCGUACCAAGAUCAGCCAUUCUCACAUGAGUUCCCGCAGCCGGAGCAGAGCCCUCCUCAGCCACCGCCGCUACCGGAAACCGCCGCCGCUGCGGCGGAGGCGGCGAAGAAUCCGGCGACUGCGCCGAAAUCGAAAUCCCGAAAGGAAGUACUAGUCGCCGUUGCAUCGGCCGGGCUCACACUGGCAAUGCUAUCGAUACUGAUCUUCUACUUGUACAAGAAUCGGAAGAAACAUAUCGACGACUCCCGGAAACACAUCGCCGGAAGUUCGCAAAUCAACGAGGAAUCGAGAAUGCCGCCCUCGAGUUUACUCUGCGUCGAAACGGUAAUACCAUCCAACGACACAGCUGCAACUACCUCGGACAACAAAUCGAAUGUCAAUCACCUCCCGACGCUGCCGCCGUUCCCAAAGCUUCCGCCGCCGCCGCCACCAAUGUCCUCGUCUGACGACGAGAACCAUGACGACGCGUCGGGGUACAACCCAAAGCAGAAUAUGUCGCCGAGCCCGCGGCGCAGCUACUUGAGCGACAAUGCCGCCGGAGAAAAGAUCGAUCCUCCGAAGUCGGAAAAUCGGAUGAUUCAUUCCGUGCCUCAUUCAAAGAGAACUUCACCGAGGUCUCGUUUUUCAUCAUCCUCGUCAUCGCUGCUGUCGUCGCCGGACGUAACGAAGUCGGUGACGGUAAUGCCACCGGUUAAGCAGCCAUGGCUGCCCUCGCCGUCGCCGCCGCAACCGUCCCGGAGGUCGUUGCAGUCCGGCAACACACUAAUGUACACUCCGAAACCGCCCCAAUUUUCGUCGCCGCCACCGCCGCUCGAUCGGGAGAAGCUCCGAUCGAUAAGCAACGAUGAUAAUCCACCACCGCUGCCGCCACUUCCUCUGCCUCCACUACCACCGCCGCCGCCACCGCCGCCGCCUCCACAAAUCUCGAUACCUAAAGGAAAAACACCGAUUCCGGUAGCGUUGAAAAAGAUAUCACUUAACGAUAACGUUGAGGAAUCCAUCGACGAAUCGAGGCCAAAACUACGGGCUCUACAUUGGGACAAAGUCCGAACCCCGUCGGAGACGGGAACGGUAUGGGACCAAUUCAAGUCGAGCUCGUUCCGAUUGAACGAGGAUGCGAUGGAGUCUCUAUUCGGAUGCAAUUCCGAGAAUUCGGCGCCGAAGAAACCAUCCCGGAAGUUCAUCCUCCCUUCUUACAACGCCGAGAACAGAGUGCUCGAUCCAAAGAAAUCGCAAAACAUCGCGAUACUAUUACGCGCGCUCAACGUGACAAGAGAGGAAGUCUGCGAAGCGCUUUUAGACGGAAAUCCCGACGGAUUAGGCCCCGAGUUGCUCGAGACACUAGUGAAAAUGGCACCAACGAAAGAGGAAGAGAACAAACUCAAGCAAUACAACGAUGAAGGCUCGAAAUUAGGGCCGGCCGAGAGGUUCCUCAAGGCCAUACUCGACAUCCCCUUCGCGUUCCAAAGAGUCGAAGCGAUGCUUUACCGAGCAAAUUUCGACGCGGAAGUUAAAUACCUAAGGAAGUCUUUUCAAACAUUAGAGGAGGCGAGCGAAGAAUUGAAGAGUAGUCGACUUUUCCUCAAACUCCUCGAAGCGGUGCUAACGACGGGCAAUCGGAUGAACAACGGAACGUAUCGCGGCGACGCCAAGGCUUUCAAAUUGGAUACAUUGCUUAAGCUCGUGGAGAUCAAAGGAACCGACGGGAAGACGACGUUGCUCCAUUUUGUCGUCCGGGAGAUUGUGCGGUCGGAAGGAAUCGAAAUCGGAAUCGGAAUCGACGAAGACGAUUUCAAGAAACAGGGGCUGCAAGUGGUGGCGGGGCUGAGCAACGAGCUCGGAAACGUUAAAAAGGCUGCCGGAAUGGACGCCGACGUGCUGAGUGGAUACGUGUCGAAGCUCGAAUCGGGGCUGCAGAAGGUGCGGCGCGUGCUGGAGCACGACGGCGGCGCCGUCGCCGUCGCCGGCGGCGGCGGGAGGUUUUUUGGGGAGAUGAGGGAGUUUAUGGAGGAGGCGGCGGAUGAGAUUUGUAAGGUGAAGGCGGAGGAGAGGAAGGCGGCGUCGUUGGUGAAGGAAGUGACGCAUUACUUUCACGGCGACACGGCGGCGGCGGCGGCGGCGCGGCAGGAGGCGCAGCCGCUGAGGAUAUUUGUGAUCGUGAGGGAUUUUCUGGGGGUGCUGGACGGGGUGUGUAAGGACGUGGGGAAGAUGGAGCAGGACAGGGCGGCGGUGGGGGCGGGGAGGUCGUUCAGGAUAUCGGCGAAUGCGCCGCUGCCGGUGCUCAGUAGGUACAGUCUGAGGAAUGAUCGGAGCUCCGACGACGACGACGGUGAUGAUGAUGAGGACGAUGAUAGUGCGUAGUUAGGGAGGGAAGAGGGAAUUGCAAGAUUUUGAAUAAAUUUUUAAUGCUGUUUUCUUAUUAUUAUCAUUAUUAUUAUCAUUAUUAUUAUUUUUCAAAAUAAUAUCCGAAAUUUACCUUACAAUUCUUAUGUGUGUAUAUAUACUUAUUUUAUUUUAUGA